AAUACACGAAUUCACAGCGCAUCAAACUGGCAAAAAAAUUAAGGCAAAGCGGAAAAAAAAAAAAAAAAAAAUUCUCAAUCGUCUCUCGUCAAAGCAAAACCCUAAAGUUCCAAAGAUCUUCGAGAUGAAAGGUGGUGAAACCAAAGCUCAAGCCAAGGGCACUGAUGAUAGAUUGAAAACCAGAGGUAAGAAAGCUGGGAAGAAAACCAAGGAUCCAAACAAGCCUAAGAGGCCUCCGAGUGCCUUCUUCGUCUUCCUGGACGGAUUCCGACGUGAGUUCAAUGAAGCUAACCCUAACAACAAAUCCGUCGGAGCUGUUGGUAAAGCUGCUGGAGCGAAAUGGAAAUCGAUGAGUGAUGAAGAGAAAGCUCCUUAUGUAGCCACGGCAGAGAGCAAAAAGAGUGAAUAUGUCAAGACUAUGCAAAAAUACAACAUGAAAUUGGCUAAUGGAACCAAUACUGGAGAUGAUGACUCUGACAAGUCCAAGUCUGAAGUCAACGAUGAGGAAGAAGGUGGAAGUGCAGAGGAGGAAGAUGAUGAUUAGAAGAUGGAUCAGUGAUUUGUCUUUCAAGUAUCUUCUGUUGUUAUGUUGUUAGCUAGUUUUUAGGGAGAAGAAUAGUUACACUGCUGCUAUGUAUUCCCCUUUAUGUUAACUGGGAUUAUUCAUAUGUAUUUCCAACUUCUCGUGAUAACUUCGGAUUUAGCCUUUGAGCUUCGUUUCUACUUUUAUGAGAUGGUAUCAUGUGUUUGCAUUCUUCUGAUUC